UACAGACACAGGAAAUACAUUGUUAUCAAUGUUGUAAAUAAACAAAUUACUUUACAAAAGUAGGACGUUAUAAAAGUCGAACGUUUACCGUGUCAGUAGCGCAUAAAUUGUCGCGGGUACGCGAAAAUUUAAUUUUGUCAUCGAAUACGCAACCGCUUGGGAAGAUAGCGUCAUCGCCGAACGUAACCACGAGUUUGAUAACUUAACUUUCUCUCUGGCGCUGCGCUGGCGUGCGGCUGCUGUACAGCUGCGGGAGCCUCCAGCAAGCAGCCUCAUUCCGUCAUCACUGCCGAGCCAGCACGUUCGCGGCGAACGGAGCGCGCUCGCCAACCGCUCCCGCGAAAACCGCGCUUAAAUUAAAAUUUAAAAUUUACAUUCGACCGUUCGAAUUAAAACAAAAUAGUGAUUCCGUUGAAACAAGACGUGUUCAUCUGUUCCGAUUGAAUGAAUGGUUUUUGAAUAACUUUUGUUAAGUUGUCUAUUGUCAGCAGCAGCAUGGGAACUUUUAAAAAGUUACGACGAAGUCUGCUGCUUUUAGCGGUCGUGCUAGCCGUAGAAACGAGUGCACAGAAAAGCAAGUCAGACGACAGCAACAUCCAAGCAGUGCCGAGUGACUUACGGCGAGCUGUCAGCGAAGCACUAGCAUUAGAAAAGAGAUUCUUAUUAGGAGCUAAUGAUGCAACGAACUGCUCAUCAGAAAAUGACGAGUUCAGCGGGAUCCCCUGCCCACCGAGCAAAUACCGCAGUGCAAGCGGGGAGUGCAACAACGUGCGACACAGGCCUUGGGGAAGAAGGGGGGAUGUGUUCCUUAGGCUGCUACCUCCCAACUAUGUCGAUGGAGUGUCACAGCCUCUAUCAUCACCGUACCUACCAGAAGCGACGCUGGCUGUCCAUGCCGCAGCCCAGCUGACAUCUCCAGCUGACCAUGACUACGUGACAAGCAUGCUCGCCGCCUGGGGACAGCUCAUUAUGGACGACCUCAUAACCACAGCCAAUGGCAACAAGGACUGCAGAGGAGCAACUUGCGAAUACGUUCGCUCUGCACCCACAAGAAACAUCGAUUCUUGCGGCUUUGAACACCGUGAUCAGAUGAACAUGGCCACAUCAUUCCUCGACGGCUCCGUACUAUACGGAAGCUCGGAGAAAGAGCUCCGGUCUCUAAGACUGUACGAUGCUGGCAAAAUCGACGUCGACUCAUGCCGCAAAUGCAAAGACGGCUCUCCCACCGCUCCUCUAUACAAAGCAUUGUUGGCGGAACAUAACCGCAUUGCUGGCGAGCUCUACACUCUGAACCCCUUCUGGGAUGACACGACUCUGUUUUUGGAGACAAGACGCGCUGUGGCCGCCAUCAUCCAGCAUAUCACAUACAAUGAGUUCUUGCCUGUUCUGUUGGGAGAGGUCGGUAUGGCGAAAGCAGAACUCAAGCUGACAUCUCUUGGAUUCUGGCGAGGUUAUUCUAGUGCCAUCCGCGCUGGUAUCUAUUCCGAACUCGUUGCUGUAGCACCCAUCUUCCAAGCCAUGAUGAACGAGAGACUGAUAAAUGUGACAACCACCUUAUCAGACUUGGUACGGACCAGCGCUCAACACGUUUCUCAUUUCCCACUCUCGGCUCAAUGGGACUUGAACAGGGCUCGUGACCAUGGCGUGUCUUCAUACCUGAGGGCUUUACGCAUGUGUGAACCCACCUCAACCAUCAAGUCUUUUGGAGACUUCAGCCAAAUGGGCUUCGACAGAAAGCAGCAGGAAAUGAUGGCUGAUAUGUACAGGAGUGCUGAUGACGUUGAACUCAUGAUUGGCGGAGCUAUGGAGAAACCAGCGUCCGGUGCUGUUGUUGGAUCAACGAUUGCAUGUGUUCUCGCACUCCAGUUCGCUAACUUGAAGAAAAGUGACAGAUUCUGGUACGAAAACGACCUGCCCCCGUCAUCACUAUCACCUGAACAACUCGGUGCUAUUAGGAAGGUGUCACUUGCGGGUAUGCUCUGCGCCGCUCAAGACAGUUUAACAAGCAUCCAACCCAAGGCGUUUGUCAAAGAAGACCCCUAUCUGAACGCUGCUCAGCACUGCUCCCAACACAGCAUCCUGGAACUUUCUGCAUGGAGAGACGAAAGCGGCGCCAAAGCUGCGGAAAGAUUGUCACAAGAUAUGCUCGCUACAGCUCUCGAAAAGGCCAAGCAAGAAAUGGCUGACAGAAAGAAAUUGGAAUACAUGCUUUGGGAAGCCCGUGGUGGAGCCGACCCCAAGUCUCCGGUAGGCACUGCGGCGUCGUUCUCAAAGGCCAACAAGUAUGCUCUGAAACUCGCUAACACAUCGCUCUUUUUGGAAUUCGCAACCAAUGAACUUAUCAACUCCAUCAACAGCGGCCAUCGUCGCAAGCGACAGAUCUUCGACGACUCUCUAGGCUUUGGAACAUCAGACUUCGUAGACUCUCUUCAAUCAGUGGACAUCAGCGGUUUCCUCGGCAAUGACCAGUCUGGUCCGAUCAUCGAGCCUCAGUGCGAUGACAAGGGUCCCUGCAGUCCUGACAGCCCCUUCAGAACUUACACUGGAUAUUGUAACAACUUGCGAAACCCUAACCUGGGCAAGGGAUUAACUACAUUCGCUAGAUUGCUGCCCCCUGUUUAUGAAGACGGUGUAAGUCGCCCUCGCAUCAACUCAGUGACUGGUACUCCACUGCCAUCUCCUCGUGUGGUCUCCACAGUUAUCCACCCUGACAUCUCCAACUUGCACACGCGAUACACUCUCAUGACGAUGCAGUUUGCGCAGUUCCUCGACCACGAGCUCACCAUGACACCCAUCCACAAAGGUUUCCACGAGUCCAUUCCUGAUUGUCGGUCCUGUGACUCUCCAAGAACAGUCCACCCUGAAUGUAACCCAUUCCCCGUACCACGUGGUGACCACUACUACCCUGAAGUCAACGUUACAUCUGGAGAGAGACUUUGCUUCCCAUUCAUGAGAAGUUUGCCUGGACAGCAACAACUUGGACCUCGUGAGCAAGUAAACCAGAACACUGCCUUCAUUGACGCGUCGGUCAUCUACGGAGAGAACCCUUGCAUCGUACGAAAACUCCGUGGUUUUAACGGACGCCUCAACGCUACAACAAACCCUAUCAAUGGUCGCGAACUGCUGCCUAGAACUGACAACCAUCCCGAGUGCAAGGCCAAAAGUGGAUUCUGUUUCAUUGCUGGUGACGGUCGUGCCUCCGAGCAGCCGGGUCUCACGGCCAUCCACACGAUCUUCCUCCGCGAACACAACCGCAUCGUAGAAGGUCUCCGCGGCGUGAACCCGCACUGGGACGCCGACCAGCUGUUCGAGCACGCGCGUCGUAUUGUCGCCGCCACCUUCACACACACCAUCUACAAUGAGUUCCUGCCCAGACUGCUUUCAUGGAACGCUGUCAAUUUGUACGGACUCAAGCUGUUGCCUUCAGGUUACUACAAAGAAUACUCGCCUACCUGCAACCCCUCGAUCGUGACAGAGUUCGCAGCAGCCUCCUUCCGUUUCGGUCACUCUCUGCUCAGGCCCCACUUGCCGCGUCUCUCGCCCAGUUUCCAACCCGUCGAACCACCAAUCCUGCUAAGAGACGGAUUCUUCAGGCCCGACAUGUUCAUGGCUCACCCACCAAUGGUAGACGAACUGAUGCGUGGUCUCGCCUCAACUCCCAUGGAAACCCUCGACCAGUUCAUCACUGGUGAAGUAACAAACCAUCUGUUCGAAGACCGUCGUAUACCCUUCUCUGGAAUCGACCUUGUUGCUCUAAACAUCCAGAGAGCUAGAGACCACGGAAUACCAAGUUACAACAACUACAGAGCCCUCUGCAAUCUGAAGAGAGCCACAACAUUCGAGGAUUUGUCCAGAGAAAUACCUGAUGAAGUUAUUGCAAGGUUCAAGCGUAUCUACGCUACUGUUGACGACAUCGACCUAUUCCCCGGUGGUAUGAGUGAGAGGCCACUCCAGGGUGGUCUGGUUGGACCCACCUUUGCGUGCAUCAUUGCUAUACAGUUCAGACAGCUCAGGAAAUGCGACAGAUUCUGGUAUGAAAACGACAACCCAGCAGCUCGCUUUACGGAACAGCAAUUGGCUGAGAUUCGAAAAACGACGCUGUCCAAACUGAUGUGUGACAAUUUCGACGUUCCCGGAGAAAUUCAAAGGGCUGCUUUCGACUUGCCUAGCAAUUUCCUGAACCCACGCGUAUCAUGUGCAUCCCUACCACAGUUGGACUUAUCAGCGUGGCGCGAGAGUUCAGCGCAAGGCUGUCUGAUCGCCGGCCGCUCUGUCGCCGUUGGAGAGUCUGCCUUCCCAUCGCCUUGCACAUCGUGCAUAUGUACCGUAGAAGGGGCGCAGUGCGCAUCGCUGCGCAUCACGGACUGCGCGCAGCUGUGGCGCGAGUGGCCGCGCGAGGCGGUGCAGCGCGACGACGUGUGCACCGCGCAGUGCGGCGCCAGCUCCGCGCCCGCCGCGCCGCACGCGCCCGCGCGCGCCCCGCGACGACCCAACAUCAACUUCAACUUCCCCGACCUCUCACCAUUCGUCGCCAAGUGAACAACCCCACCCCCACACCACAGGACAUAAGUUUACACAUCCAGAGACGACCCCCUCAAACUACAAUUCAAUUCGUCUCUGAAUUCAAAAUAAACCAGGGAAUAACGAAACAAACAAAAGAAAAGUUGAAUAAAACUUAAAAACGUCACAAGACAAUGAAAUGAUCCAAAGCAUUGUCAUCGCCAGCGAUUGGCGCAUAUUUAUUCCAAAAUACAAAUUAUCUUCAAAUUAUUUUUACAAUUUUUUAAAUACAAGACAGGAUCGAUAACUAGUCGUAAUAUAUCUACGGCGCUUGUUUUAUAUUUACCUAUCUAGUUUCAAACAUAUGUCUAUAACAUUAACAAUUUCAGAGUUACCAUAAGAUUACCAGUGAAACGAGAGAAUAAUAGUCACAAUAUUUAAAUAUUCAAGUAUCUGACUGAUUGUCGUGUCUUAUAUACUUUGUUUUAUACUUAGCUUAAGUAUUGGUUAGGUCAUAGUACUACUCGUUAUCCGAUGUGGACGUCUGUAGCCGACCUAUACCUUGAGGUCGCAAUGAAACAAACAUAUGUACAAACACUGUAGCUUAGAAAAUAGCGUGCUUCGUUUAAAAUAGUUCUAUUUUCUAAAUUCAGUUGCUUUGUUAACGUUAUCAUAGUUUUGUUUUUAUGUAAUACAAUUUUACAUAAGAAACUUGUUAGUCCUAUUAAGUAUGUUUAUAUAAUAUUUAAUGGUACUUAUAUAUUAUGUCAAAAUUUGAUUAUAGCUUUCCAUAACUAGUUAAGUGUUUCGUUUCUAUCACAUUAGUUGUUAAUCAUGAGUCUUAUAUCAAAAUCGUGAUAUCGAAUUGUAAAAUACUUUGAGAAAAAUGUUUUAAUGUUACAUAAUAUUAUAUAAGUUUCUAAUAUAAACAACUUGUUAGCGGUGACUUUAAUAACAAGAAUACUAGCAAUGCGUUGGCGUUGCUAAUACUCUUGUUAACCUUUCUAAGCUUAACGUGCCUUGAGUGUUCACCACAUAUACUUCGUAAGGUCAGAAUUCUCUUCGGACUUUAAACUUAGAACUACCUUUUACUCUAUAGACUAUAAUAUUUUUCUAAGUAAUAUUAUGGUAAUGUGUUGCAAUGUUUCUAAAUAUUCACAAACAUUAAAUAUAACGUCAUCGUGAGCUUUAAAUAAACGACACCACAAUGUUGAACGACAUAAAUACAGUGUCAAUAUCAUCAAUGUAGCCAAAAUAUAACCUCCCGUUUUACCAAUAAUGUUACCAUAUUAUUAAUAUUUACCAGAUUCCCUAUAGUGGGAACAAAGCUGAGACCAAAAGUUAGUCUCCAAUAAUUAUAAUAGUUGUGUCUAGCUCACUAUAAUAAUUAAAUUCACUGCCUAGUUGUACCUAGGAAUGUAGGUCUUGUAAAUUAUUUUGUAAUAUAUUGGAGUUAAUAAUUAAGCGUAACACAUUUAUUAGUUGUAAUAUUUUUAGUUUUAUGAUAUGAAUCUCACCUAGACAACGAAAAUUGAAUAGAAAUAUUUUUUAUUUA